CCAACCCCGGCGAGACCCGAUUCCCCUGCAAAUUUUCUGUCAAUUUCCUCCGCAGAUCUGCCCGAGGUGGGAUUCCAACUCGGCAGCAAACUCACUUCUCGGAGCAACAGAGAGGGCGAGGACGUCUACCUCGAGUGCUCCGUCCGGGCCAAUCCCCCGUCCUUCUCCGUCUUUUUCACUCAUAAGGGGAACCGGAUCCGGCAGAACGCAUCGGCCGGAGUGAUCCUGACGAACCAGACGCUGGUGCUGCAGGACAUCCGUCGGUGGAUGUCAGGAGACUACAGAUGCCACGCGCAGAACUUGCGAGGGGAGGGAGUCAGCCUCCCCGUCACCCUGGAUGUCCGAUUUGCACCUCGGUGCUCGGAGGACCAGGAGUUCGUCUACGGCGUGUCCCUGGGAGAAGGCGCGACGGUGUCCUGCAAGGUGGACUCGAACCCCCCCGCCAACCGCUUCCGCUGGGCCUUCAACGCCUCCUCCGAGGUGCUGGACCUGGGCGAACGCGAUCCCUCGCACCUCCACGGUGCCUCCACCUCCGUGUUUCCCUACACUCCCAAGACGGAGUUUGACUUCGGCACCCUCCUCUGCUGGGCCGUCAACGACAUCGGGCAGCAGCGCUUCCCAUGCGUCUUCCAUCUCAUCCAAACCGGUCCGCCGGAGCCGCUGAUCAACUGCGUGCUCCAGAACCUGAGCAUGACCUCCCUCUCCGUGUCCUGCCAGGAGGGCUUCAACGGCGGCCUCCCCCAAUUCUUCGUGAUGGAGGUCUACGACCACGGGACCCGGGACGCCAUCCGGAACAUCACGAGCUUCACUCCGUCCUUCACCGCCCGGGAACUCCGGAACGGGGCCCAGCUGAGCAUCGUCAUCUACGCCGCGAACGGGAAGGGACGGAGCGUCAGCACAAUCUUGGAGGCACGCACCGCCGAGCCCGAGGAGGUCAAACAGGUCCUCGGCAUGCCUAAAGACGAGCAGCAGAGAUCGCCGGUCCAGGUCCUGAAGAGCCCGCUGCUCCUCUCCGUGCUCGGCUUCUUCGGCCUCGCCCUCCUCGUCUCCGUCGCCAUGGUCCUUUACUUCCAGUGCCUGAGAAAGGCCGCUCCCAGGGGACGCGGCAAGGACGGGCCCGGAAAGGACAACGAGGGCGGUCCCGACCUCCUCCACAUCUCGCCUUCUCAUCGUAUCGGGACGGACGGACGGCUGACGCCGAGCCACCGCGGCCACUCGCUGAUCGACCUCUCCUCCCUCCCCGUGUUCACCAUCCGCCCCGACGAGACCUUCACCACCACCCUGAGUUUCGGAGGGGAGGAGGGAGAGGAUGCGAGAAUGGGGAGUGUCCUCCUGGAUCCGUGGAGGCAGAUGCAGGCUCGGAACGCGGAAUACCGUUCCGUGUCGCCCCUGGCGACCCUCCCCCGACCUCGUCCGUCCGACUCGUCCAAACUCCGCAAGCACUUCGAGAGCACCGUGUGAAUCGAAGGAGAGGGGACCGUCACCAGCCCUCAAUAUGCGUUUUCGUCUCUUCCGUCCGCCGUGGAACGCGUGACGUCACAGAUCCACCGUUCUUUCAUGGGGUGCAGAAGCAAUCACCGGUAGCGAAGAUUCCUCGCCUCAUUCCGGGCGGAACAAGAUCGCAAGUCCAUAAAUGCGUGAUACGACUCAGAGUGCCUUCCGUUCCGAAUCCCUUCAUCCCAGUGCAAAUUCCGAAUAAAGCGAUUUUUUGUGCCG